CAGCUCGCCCCCGCCAAGAACAAACGACCGAGCUCUCCGGCUCCGCCUCUCGCCAAGUCGCCAUCCAAGAAUCCCACAAUCCCUCCCCUCUCCCCCGCUCACGUCCUGUCCAGGAAAAACGGCCGGAAUCUCCCAGGCGUGAGCAGGCCAUGGCCGCGCGUGGCGGCCUGAAGGGUCCUCUGCUCGGGGCCACCGGAACGGUCUCCCAGGACCUUCCCCAUGGCCGCCGGAGCAGCCGGACGUGGACCGCGCUGGCCAUCGCCGCGGCGCUCCUCGCCCUGGCCGGCGUCCUGAUGCUGUUCCUGAGCUCCUCCGGCCGGGACGCUGGCGCCGGCGCUGCUGCUGCCCGUCGUCCCAAGGCCGUCGCCGCCGGCGCGCGGUUGCGGAGCCGGCACGAGGUGGAAUCCGGGGUGGGCGCGGCGGCGGCGGACGACGCGCGGUGCUCGGAGGUGGGCGCGGCGGCGCUGCGGGCGGGCGGGCACGCGGUGGACGCCGCCGUGGCCGCCGCGCUCUGCCUCGGCGUGGUGCACCCGAUGUCGAGCGGCGUCGGCGGGGGCGCCUUCAUCGUCGUCAGGGACGCCGCCUCCGGCGAGGCCGUUGCCUUCGACGCCAGGGAGACCGCGCCGGCCGCGGCCACGCCGGACAUGUACGCGGCGGACCCGACGACGAAGUACAAGGGCGCGCUCGCCAUGGGCGUCCCGGGGGAGCUCGCGGGCCUCCACGCGGCGUGGUCCCGGUACGGCCGGCUCCCCUGGCGGGACCUCGUCGCGCCGGCGAUCCGCCUCGCCCGCGACGGCUACGAGGUGGUGGCGUACGUGGCCCGCGCGCUCAAGCUCAGCGAGGCCGACGUACUCGCCGACCCCGGCCUGCGCGCCGUGUUCGCGCCGGCGGGGCGGGUGCUGGCGGCCGGCGAGACGUGCCGCAACCCGGCGCUGGCCGAGGCGCUGGAGCGCGUCGCCGAGGAGGGCGCCGCGGCGUUCUACGGCGGCGCCGUCGGGGAGGCGUUCGUCCGCGACGUCAGGGCGGCGGGCGGGAUCGUGACGGCGGGGGACCUGAGCGGGUACAGGGUGGAGGUGAGCGACGCCAUGCGCGCCGACGCCAUGGGGUACACCUUCCUCGGCAUGCCGCCGCCGUCGAGCGGCACUGUCGGGAUGGCGAUGAUACUGAACGUGUUGGGUGGGUACAAGUCGCUCGAGUUCUUGAAAGGGUUCCUCGGCGUCCACCGGCUCAUCGAAGCGAUCAAGCACAUGCUGGCGACCCGGAUGGACCUCGGCGACCCCGACUUCGUGAACGUGACCGGCGACGUCGCCGAGAUGCUGUCGCUGCCGUUCGCCGACAGGAUCCGGCAGAGGAUCGCCGACAACACGACGUUCCCUCCCGGCUACUACCUCCCAAAGUGGAGGCAGCUGGAUGACCACGGCACGAGCCACCUGUGCGUGGUGGACAGCGACCGGAACGCGGUGGCGAUGACGACGACGGUGAACUACUACUUCGGCGGCAAGGUCCUGUCGCCGUCGACGGGCAUCGUGCUCAACAACGAGAUGGACGACUUCUCCGUCCCCGCCGUGAAGCUCGCCCCUGACCAUCUCCCACCGGCGCCGGCCAACUUCAUCGCGCCGGGCAAACGGCCCCUGUCCUCCAUGACACCACUGAUCAUUCUCAAGAACGGUCAGCUCGCCGGCGUCGUGGGCGGCAGCGGCGGCACGAACAUCAUCGCCACGGUGACCCAGGUCUUCCUGAACCACUUCAUCGUCGGCAUGGAUCCUCUCGCCGCCGUCCAGCAGCCCAGGGUCUACCACAAGCUGAUCCCGAACGUGGUGACGUACGAGGACGAGACGGCGGUCGACGGCGAGGUGAUCGCGCUGAGCGACGGGGCGAAGGCGUUCCUGGAGCAGAGGGGGCACCGGCUGCGGAGCACGGACUCGGGGGCUGUGUGCCAGUUCAUCGUGCACCAGCUGGCGGAGCCGCCCGCGUCGGGCGGCGGCGUGUUCCGCGGGAGGCUCACCGCCGUCAGCGACCCCAGGAAGGACGGCAGCCCUGCGGGGUUGUGAGACCGUGCUAGCUGCUGGUUCCGUCGAUCUCCUCCAUCAGCGUCUCUCCUCUGAAGCAACGAAAGAGCAAGAGAUGGCCCAGGCUAGCCGCCUCCAGCUCCCGACCCCCCGAGCCGCCGCUGCCGCCGCGCCAGCAGCACAUCCGUAGGAGCUUGGAUUCGAGCGGCGCGCGCGGGGAGCAGGGGGAACGGCGAGGCGUAGGCGAGAGAGUAUCGACGAAGGCUUGCGCGGGGUUAGCGCCGAUGGCCGGCGGCAGCGUGGCCUCGUCAGCUGCUCCGGCGCCGCCCAGGAUUUGUUUUCAAAAUACCCCCUGUUUGGAUCGCGAUUAAUAGUCACGAUCCAAAUUGGGGUCCUUUUGUAAAUUGUAGGAUUAAUUAUUUACGAAAUGCCCCUUAUUUGAAUCGCGAUCCGAUUGAGGGUACAUUUGCAAAAUUCCGGAACGCAUAAUUUUUGAAA